AUGAGCAAAGAUCUAGUGGCUAAACUGAGACGAUGUGGUACUCCAUCUGGAGGGUUGUCUAGACCUGAAGAACGUGAUAAGAAAAAGACACACAGCAAAGGGAAAUCCGAGGAAGAAUCGUCUAAGAAGCGUGAUCGACGACGAGAUGCGUUAUUGGCUCGAGGAGCUCUUCUUGAGGAGAGGAAUCGGGAGCAGCAGGCGGCUUCGCGACCUUCUUCCUCGCGGAACACUGGCGGCGGGAAGGCAGAGCAGGUCGGCACAAAGACCCUCGACGACAUCGUAUUCUCUUGA